CUCACAGAGAUCCACCUGCCUCUGCCUCCUGAGUGCUGGGAUUAACUGAGAAACUACUUUCUGUUGUGAAGGAUGGCCAAACCCACCCUGAGGGGAAAUGGCACUAACUCUGAAUGCCUCCGACAGCGCUUCAGGAGAUUCCAUUACCAGGAGGUGGCUGGACCACGGGAGGCUUUCAGCCAGCUAUGGGAACUUUGCUGUCGGUGGCUAAGGCCAGAGGUGCGCACCAAGGAGCAGAUUGUGGAAUUGUUGGUGCUAGAGCAGUUCCUGACCGUGCUACCUGGGGAGAUCCAGAAUUGGGUACAAAAGCAAUGUCCAGAAAACGGAGAGGAGGCAGUGACGUUGGUGGAAGGCUUAGAAAGGGAGCCUGGGCGACCUGGACAUUCGGUCACAGUCUCUGAAAAGGGGCAGGAAAUGCACUCGGAGAAGAUGACACCCCCGAAAACAUCACAGGCGUUAUUAAGUGUUCUUCAGGAGUCAGUGGACCCCCAGCCCUGGGGUGUGUCCAAGAAAGAAAGGGCAAGAAGCCCAGCCCUGGGACUACAGGAGCAGAAGAACCCAAAGGAGACUCUGAGACCUUUCCAGAGGAGCGGAUUUCCAUUUACUACACCCAAUGUGGUCUCCAGAUUGGAUCAAGGAGAGCCAUGGACCCCAGAUCUGUUCAGCUCCAAGGAGAAAGAUGUCCCAAAAGGAAACAGCAUAGGAGACAAACAAGUUUAUACUGAUCCAUUACCAUCCAAGAGAGAGAGAAGCAGCGGGAUGGAACAGGAUCACUGGGGCUUUGAUGAUGAGAAAGUGGUGGGUGUGCAUUGGGGCUACAGAGAGACUAGAACACUCCUUGCAAUUCUCAGUCAGACUGAAUUUUAUGAAGCUCUCCGAAACUGCCAUAGGAACAGCCAGGUAUAUGGGGCUGUGGCUGAGAAGCUGCGUGAGUAUGGCUUCCUCCGGACCCUGGAACAGUGCCGGACCAAGUUCAAAGGCCUUCAGAAGAGCUACAGGAAGGUCAAGAGUGGUCAUCCACCUGAUACCUGCCCUUUCUUUGAAGAGAUGGAAGCCCUGAUGAGUGCCCAGGUCAUUGCACUGCCCAUUAUUGGCCUGGAAGAGGCCACUUGCCAUUCUGGCCAGGCAGGCACUGACACGGAGCCUGAGGAGCCAGGGCUGAGGGCCUGGCAGCAAGAGGAUGGAGAAGAGGCUGUGGUUGAAGGGUCUGACAGUGAUGACCUGGAGGCAACCCCCCAGGACCCCGACAACCCACCUGCGUCUGUCCUCUUCCGAAGCCCGAGUGGUGUACACUGGGGCCAUGAAGAAACCAAGACUUACCUUGCAAUUCUUAGUGAGACUCAGUUCUACAAAGCCCUCCAGAACUGUCACCGCAACAGCCAGUUAUAUGGAGCAGUUGCUGAGAGACUAUGGGAACAUGGCUUCCUUAGGACCCCAGAGCAAUGUCGGACCAAAUUUAAAAGCCUACAAACCAGCUAUCGGAAAGUCAAGAAUGGCCAAGCACCAGAAACCUGCCCCUUCUUUGAAGAAAUGGAUGCUUUGGUGAGUGCCCGAGUUGGUGUCGCACCUAAUGAUGACCAGGAAAAAGAAAGAGCUUUUUGCUACCUCCAGGGAACCAGUGAGGCUGAAGCUGAGAAGCAAGCUGAGGACACAGAAGAUUCAGAUGACGAAGAUGAUCCUGAGAUACCCCCGGGGGCUGUUACAUCCCGUGCCCCAGUCUUAUUCCAGAGCCCCCGUGGUUUUGAGGCUGGAUUUUAUAAUGAAGAGAAUCUUAAACGAGAUAUUUCUGAGGAAGUACGGCUGCAUAGGACAUUACUUGCAAGGUCUGAAAGGAAAAUUUCCCAUCAUGUUAAUCAAGAUAAAGCUAGUAAGAGUGGAUCUGCAUCGGAAAGCCAGUGGGGAAAAAUUCAAAGAGAGAACAAAAGAAAACCAGCACUCCCAGAGAAGAGUAUCGGUACAGUCCUGACUUAUCAGAGACCAGGCUUGGGAGGCAGACCCUAUAAAUAUCUCAAAUACGGCAAAAGCUUUGGCCCAAACUCCCAUCUCCUGUAUCAGGUAUCCCAUCAUGUAGAGAAUCCAUAUAAAUGUGCUGACUGUGGGAAAAGCUUCAGUCGGAGUGCACGCCUCAUCAGACACCGAAGAAUCCACACUGGAGAAAAACCUUAUAAGUGUCUUGACUGUGGCAAAGGUUUCCGUGACAGUUCCAAUUUCAUUACCCAUCGGAGAAUCCACACAGGAGAAAAACCUUAUCAGUGUGGUGAAUGUGGAAAACGCUUCAAUCAGAGCUCAAGCCUUAUAAUCCACCAGAGAACCCACACAGGAGAAAAGCCUUACCAGUGUGAAAAGUGUGGGAAGAGCUUCAGUAACAGUUCUCAUUUCAGUGCUCACAGGAGGACACACACAGGAGAGAGACCCCAUGUGUGUCCUGACUGUGGCAAGAGUUUCAGUAAGAGUUCUGACUUACGUGCACAUCACAGAACCCACACAGGAGAGAAACCCUUUGAGUGCCACAACUGUGGCAAGUGCUUCAGCAAGAGCUCUGCCCUUAACAGACACCGAGAGAUCCAUACCCGCGAGAAGCUGCUGCUGGCACAGCCAGUGCCUAAGUAAGCUCCCAAUGACCGUCCUCUCCUGUCUGUGCCAGCUGGCUCGGAAGCACUCCUCAGGAUUUUACCACUGUUUGCUCCUUAUGCUGCCCAAAUCUAGCCGAGUCCGAUGUCAGUGGUCUGAAGAUGGAAAGAAGAUUUGGUCUGAACUGAUGGUAAGAACGUCUUCCCUCGUGCCUGUGCUGUUCCCUUCGAGAGGACAUGUAGUGUAUCCUGUGGAUCUUAUGUAUAUCUUCUCUCAUCCUGCCAUUCAGCACACUUCAGUUGGAAAACCCAUCUCAGCAGUUUUUCAGAUAAGUCGUCAGACUACUCAUUAAUUGGCCGUCUUGCUCACUUAAACCUGUGCAUCCCCUUCAUUUAUCUUUUAAAGAGAGUUUAAAGUCCAUCUUGGUUCUAUCUUUUUCCAAGAAUCUGGGCUGACGAUAUAACUCAGUGGUAGAGCACUUGCUGAGUAUGCACAAGGCCCUGAGUUCAAUCCUCAGUAGCACACAGACAGAGAGAGUCAGGGAAACAAUAUAAGCCUUCUAUGAACACUGGAUUUCUUAGUUUCUUGUAGAUUCUACAAGGGCUCCAAUAGAAUAGACUGCAUUUAUAGCAUCUUGUUUGAUUUUUCUCUUUCUUCUCCUCUCCUUCUGUCCCUUGUGGACUGGAAGCCAAAAGAGCAAACUGGGUGGAUGUGGUGACAGAAAAAGCAGUUCAAACUACCAAUAGGAGUCCUCUAUUUUCUAACACUCCACACACAUACUUAUAUAUUGAGCAGCCUAUGGUACUUAAUACUAAUUGCAAGGGGCAGAACCACUGCCAUAUUCCCAUGUAUAGGUAAAAUACACUUCACCCUAAAUGACAGGGAAGAUGGGGGAGCUACCGAUCUACACAUACACAGAUACUCACUCAACUAUACAAAUAAAAGUAUUUAUUUAAACAUACAAUUAUGGGUUUUCCAAAUUGGGUGGUAUUGAAGUAUUUCCCAUAUAUUCAUAGACUUAUGAUAAGCCCUGUAUAAUACAAGUAGAACAGUCCCUACCUUUGUCCUGGAAAACAGAUAAUACAUGGACAGAAAGCACAAAUAUAUAGUUGCAACAUUUAGUAUUUUUUAAAGACAGGGUCUCACUACAUAGCAUUGGCUGACCUG